GGAUUACCGAGCGCAUUGAAAAUGUCACAAUCGUUGCGUCCAUACCUUCAAUGCGUCCGCUCGUCUCUUACGGCAGCCCUUUCCCUGUCCAACUUCGCCUCCCAAGUCGCCGAACGACACAAUGUGCCUGAGAUAGAAGCAGCGAGCUCUCCAGAGGUCUUGCUCAAUCCGCUUACGGUAGCACGGAAUGAAAAUGAGAGGGUUCUUAUAGAACCCAGUAUCAACAGUGUGCGAGUCAGCAUACGCAUAAAACAAGCCGAUGAGAUCGAGCAUAUCCUGGUGCACAAGUUCACACGGUUUCUUACUCAACGUGCGGAGUCUUUCUUUAUUUUGAGGCGGAAGCCGGUCAAGGGCUAUGAUAUCUCAUUCCUCAUCACUAACACCCACACUGAAGAGAUGCUCAAGCACAAACUCGUGGACUUUAUCAUCCAAUUCAUGGAAGAGGUUGACAAGGAGAUAUCAGAGAUGAAACUAUUUUUGAAUGCUAGAGCCCGAUUCGUUGCGGAAAGCUUCUUGAUCCCGUUCGAUUAG